UGUCAUAUAUGUAGAGAAUGGAUGAGAGAAGAGUGAGAAGGUGGGGUGCUUAAACGUAAAUGUGAUGUUGGGAGGGAGGCAGAUUUAGAGUAGUCUCCAACUGCACUAAAACUCCUACUUGUUUUUUGGAAGUCACAUUAAAAAGAGGAAAUUGAAAAUAUUAGGAACAAGACAUUUUGGGACUAGAUGCAGAUGAAGACGCUUGCCAGUGCCUGGAUUUGUGUUUGUUUUUCAUUUUAGAGCUUAGAAAAAGGCUGUGUUGUGUAGUCCUUUUUCAGUCUUCCAACAUGUGCGGAGAGAAGAGAUAACUUAUGGAAUAGAGCCUGAGAAAUCAUCACCAUCUGUAGUGAUAAAGCGCCAGUAGGGAAACUGUUCCCGUGAAGGAUGUUUUGCAUCACCCAUGAGAGCAAGACAUAAGAGCGCAGCUGUCAAACUGGAGAACGAGCGACAUUUUGCAUCAGCCAAAGAGAUUUGUGAUGCCUAAUGAACGACUGCCUUUCAUUGGUUCAUCUGGGAGCAAAGCAGGCAAGCCUCCCUUUAGUUCCACUACUCUUCAGUAUUCACACCUGACCAAUCGCAAAAAACUAAACCAGCAGUCCCAGACUUCUUCAUCCUCUCACCAUCACCCAGGGCCAUCUUCCAUCUUUGUCUCAGAUACCAACGUCACACCUUGGGGUGGCCUGGCUCAUCCUGAAUCCUCAUUUACCAUAAUACCCCCAGGACUUCCCCCAACAAGACACACUCCCAUACCACCAGGUCCUCCACCAACACCUAAAACUCCUCAUGAGAAGGAGGAGGAAGACGAAGAAUAUUCAUGUUCAGGUUUCAGCUCUGAAAUCCCAUCUCCAUGCCUGUUGUUCCCUCAGAACAAUGCAGGUGCAGUGAGCAGAGGACUGCGGGUAAGAAGAAGGGUAAUACCUCAACGCCGGGUUCCUCGCCCUCCACGUCUUCCACCGCUGCGUCCAAUCACCAACCUCAGCUUCUCUAGGAGCUUCACUUUCUCCUUCUUCGAGCUGCCGCUGCAUCACUCCCCUCAUUGUCGGGCUGAACGUGUCAGAAACCUCUUUCAGCUUCUGAAGCAGAUACACUACUGAGAGUUAUUUCUAUAAAGCAAGAUGUAACAUUUCUAAAUGCCUGAACUGUCAAUGGGGGUAAAGUAAUGUCUUAAGUAACCAAUGGAUACUCUGAGCCCAUAACUCUUAACUAAAGCAUGGGCACACUGUGUUUUGUUUGACAUGUUUUGCUUGGUUUUGGUGUCAAUAAAAGACCCGUAGAUGAA